AUGACUUCUCCAGAUAUCCAAAAGGAUAUUGUAAAUUCUUGUGCAAAAGAAAGAGUGAAAGCAAUUAUUGAAGACUUGAAUGGGGAUUACUUUGGAAUAUUGGUUGAUGAAUCUAAGGAGUUUCUCAUAAGGAACAAAUGUCCUUUGUUCUGCGCUGUUGCGAAAAAACAUCAUGAUGUGAAUAAUUUUUUUGACAUUCUUUAUAAUGUUUUAAAUAAUGUUGGAGGUUCUUUUAAGCGCAGGGAAAUGCUUCAAGGGGAUGAAGCUGAAAAAUUAGAGGAAUUAUUAAUGCUUGGUGAAGUUCAUACAGGAAGUGGAUUAAACCAGGAACUCGGACUUCAAAGACCAGGUGAUACUAGGUGGAGAUCUCAUUUUAAGACAGUACAUAACUUCAUUUCCUUAUUCUCAUCAAUUGUCUAUGUACUUGAAGUUCUUGAAAAUGAGGGGGUAAAUUAUCACGAGAAAGCAAUGGCAAAAAGUCUAGUGGGAGACAUUAAAUCUUAUGAGUUUAUCUACAUAUUGCACUUGAUGUUAAAGAUUUUGGAAAUUACAUAUGAUUUGAAUAUGGCUCUGCAACGAAAAGAUAAAGAUAUUGUUACUGCCAUGAAGCUUGUCGAUCUUGCAAAGAAACAAUUGCAAUCGAUGAGGGAAUCUAAAUGGAAUUCUUUGGUAGAAGAUAUAUACCUAUUUUGUGAAAAGAAUGAUAUUAUGAUCCCUAAAAUGGAUGAGAAAUAUGGUCUUGGAAAGUCGAAGCGUAAAAGUUCAAGUGUUACAUAUUCUCAUCAUUUGUGUGUGGAAGUUUUUUAUGCUGUUAUAGAUUUGCAGCUUUUAGAACUUAACAAUAGCUUUAAUGCAGUGAAUAUUGAUCUACUUCUAGGAAUGGCUAGUUUGAGGCCCGAUAAUUCCUUUAUAAAUUAUGAUAAAAAGAUCAUGAAGCUUGCAACGUAUUAUCUGAAUGAAUUUGAUGCUUCCAAGAUUAAAGAGAUUAGUUUUGAUCUAGACACUUAUAUUUACUAUGUAAGUAAAGAGGACAACGCUUUCUCAAAUUUGAAAGGGCUUGGAGAUCUUUCGAUGGCAUUGGUAAAAACAAAUAUGCACAAGACACAGGGACUUGUUUAUUUGCUUUAA